AUUCUUCCCCAAAAAACCUCAGCUAAAUCCCCAGAUGCUUAAACUGAUAACUGAUAAACCCAAGUAGAUAUCGCAGAAGAAGUCGGCAUACCUGUUAAUCCAAGAAAAUUUGAGCUUUUUCCGAGUUCCAUUUCAAGUUGUGCAGUUUCUGUUAUAGAAAUGCUUAGCUUAGGAAGUUAUCCAAGGCAACCCCAUUGUUGUGCCAGCCCAAUUUCACAAUGUAUUCCUCUUAUUUCCAAGAUUCCUCGAACCCAGUUGUUUUUUACCUCAAAUAAAGUGAACCAUUUAAGGAUUCGUUCUCUUAUUGGGAAAAAACGAACUGGGAGUUGCGUUUUUGCACGCAAGGAUGAAGAAAAAAGGGGGAAUGGUGUGGUAGAAAUGGAAGAAAUUGAGGAUUUUGAUGAUGACUAUGAAGAUGAUGAUCUUGAUGUGGAUGAUUUUCUAGAGGAUAAGGAGGAUGUUGAUGGAGAUGAUGAUGGUGAUGAGGUGAUUAUUCCAUUGAGAAAUAUGAAGAAAUGGUUAGAAAACAAGCCUCGUGGGUUUGGAGUAGAUAAAGAGUAUGAUACUUCAGUUGAAGAUAAGCUGAUGGAAGAAAUUGAACAGAGUAGAAAAGCUCAGCUUGCUAAUAUCAAUAAGCUCAAGAACAAUCCAGUUAAAGCAAAUACCAAACAAGUUCAGCAGGAUAAAGUUGUUCAGGAUGGACUCUGUGUGCGCUUGGUCAAUCUUCCUAAGAAAAUGAACAUUGAUAAGGAUCUACGAGUGGCUUUGAAAGGAGUUCCAGGAAUAGUCAACAUAGUUCCAGUUGUGACUGGGAACAAGAAGACCAGGAAUCCUGUUUGCAAAGGCCUGGCCUAUAUUAACUUCAAGUCUAAGGAUGAAGCACAAAGAUUUGUGCAAAUGUUUUCUGGACGAAGUAUAAGUUUUGGUAAGGUUCAGAAGCAAAUAAAGUGUGAGAUGAUAAAUCCCAGAUCACCAAAGUCCACAACUACAGAGUCCGUUGAUAAAAUUAAGCAUGUCCCUGAACAAGAUCUGCACGGAGACCAGGAUGAUGAUUUUGACACAGAUUUCCUCUCGGAUUCAGAGGAGAACAUCUCCACUGACUACGAUGUUGCAGAGGUGGAGGAUUUAUCAGCAUACACGAAUGAUUAUGAAGAAAAUUCAGAAACUUUAUCCGCAGAGUCCACUUCGGGUGAUGAGCAGGAUGUUGGAGAAGAGUCUGAAUUCUCAGAACAAAAGAAAGUCGAAGCAAAGGAGAAGAAGAAAAAGCCUAAGCAAAAGAAAGAGCAGGCCCCGAAAUUGAAUAUUCCAGGAUCUGCGCGCAAGUUGAAAAUUAAGGAGAAAGCUGUACUCACUGGAGUUUUAUCCAAAUAUGCACAAAAGAUACCGUCUUGACUGUGAAAAAAACUGAGCUAACAAUGGCCAGCAUUCACAUUUCUGUAGCUAGUUGUGGUUAUUGUUGCUUUGUACUCUUCGUAGUCUUUGCAGUUGUUCAUUUUUGUAGAUUUAUUAUUCACUUCAAUAUUAAGGUCAGGUUUGUUGAUUUCUUGUACGUAAAUGUUAGUAUCUGAAUGAAUCAACGGAAACAAAUAGUGUGUUGAUGCAUAUGGCUGGUUUUUCGUUGGUGUAGAGUAGCAGGUUUUGCAACGUUUGAUGAUUGUGAAAGUCAUUCCCACUAUUCUUUGGGAAACAUUUAAAGUGAUUCAAUUGUG